AUGACGCGUAGCACCGAUGCUCGUCGAUUCUCAUUGGAGACGCUCAGUUGGCAACAGACCGAUCGUGAAUAUGUCUUCAUGCUCUCUUUGGUAGCCUAUUCAUCAUUAAUUGCUCUAAUGUUCUAUGCCCUUUCCAUAUUUGACCUGCUAUAUAUGCACAUAUACGUUGAAGAAAAGCCUGAGAGUACAGAGACAAAGCCGAUUAUCCGGAUGCUGUACCAGAUCCUUCAUUUGAUUUGUGAUAUCAUAUUCUGUUUCCUUAUUGUUCUUCCAAGAGUUAGUAAUCCUUCGGCAAAUCAGAAUUUGGCCAUCACACACUCUCUACUGAACAUCUUCGGGCCAGCUGUUUGGCCCACUAUUUCUUUGAUUGUCUAUUCGAAGAGAGUUAGACACGUGAGUUUUAGAGAGGCUGUUUCUCUCAUUAUAAGAAAUUCCUUCGAAGUCAGUGUAAGCGGCAUUAAUAUACCUGCACGACAGCUAGAAUAA